GAUCCAAUAGCCAAACCUUCUCCAGACUUGAAAGGGAAAAGGAAAUAAAAGGAGUUGGAAAUGUAAAAGUAAUAAAUAACUAGAUAAAAAUAUAGGAAAUAAAGUCAAUGUUUCUUGGAUGAGAAAACGGAGGACGAGUCUGCAUCUAAACUUGCCUGGCAACUAGAAGGCCACGUACCCAGCCUGAUCAACCAAGCCAACGGCAAUGCAGAGGCAUCCGGGCAGCCUUCGAAUCGGGUUCCUCUUCACCUUCGGAGACAAUGGAGACCAACGAUGCAGCAGCAGAAUUCCGUCCGAGCGAGAUCACGCAGGAGAGUGUCGAGGCGGCGCUCAAGAACGACAAGGGAAGCGACGCUCGCCUCGUCUCCUUCACGGUCCAGGAAUGCACCAAGAAAGGAGACAACUACGCGACGCUUGUGGCCAGAGUUAUUGUGAAUUACACGAUUUGUGAAACAGACCAUAAGGCUUCUUAUGUAAUAAAGUACAACCCCAGAUCUUUUAAAGCAUUUGAAAAGUUCGCUUGCGUUAUGUUUAGAAAGGAAACCCUUUUUUACCAAUAUCUGGUGCAUGAAAUCCAGUCACAGUUACAAGAAGCUGGCCAAACUCCUCUAAGAGUUCCUCGGUGUUUCCACGCUUCCUUAAAAGAAUAUCAAGAGGUUGUCUUCCUGGAGGACUUUCGGCCCAGAGGAUUCAGGAUGUUCGACCGCAAGAAAGGCAUGGACGUCGCCCACACCAAGCUCGUCCUCGAGGAACUGGCCAGACUCCACGCAGCCUCAUACCUCCUCAAGGCCAAGAUCCCAGACCUUGCCGACAAGUACCCAGUCCUGAAUCUGGAUUGGCUGAACUAUGCUGAUGACGCAAGGGAUGUAUUGUAUAAGACAUUUUCUAAGCAGAUGGACACAGUUAAAGAUAUGCUGAAUAAAGUGGGAGGGUACGAAGUGGCGGAGAACUGGCUCAGCAGAAACAAGGGGAGAGUGUUAGAGAUACUGGACAUCAUUUCUAAAAGAGUCCCGUCUUUUGACGUGCUGUGCCACGGUGACUCCUGGAACAAUAAUAUGCUCUUCAGAUAUAAUGAAAAAGAGGUUCCUGUGGAGGUUAUGUUAUUAGACCUACAGAUGUGCCGCCAGACAUCCCUCGCCACCGACCUCACCUACCUCUUCCACACAAGCCUAGAGGGCCAUGUAAGGAAGACAAACCUUGACACAUUUCUAGACACCUACUUCUCGGCUUUCCUCGGUGUCACAGAAGCGGGGAAGACUGCCGUGCCCUUCUCCCGGCAGGAGCUUCGACAGGAGUACAAGAACCACCUUGAAUAUGGCCUUCUGCUGGCACUGAUGGUGACUGUUGUGGUUAUAUGUGAAGGAGACAUCAACAAGGAGGACCGCGAAGGUUUUUCUAAUUCAGUAAGAGAUGUUUUAGAUGGACUGGUUUCAACUUCUCCAAUAUUACGCCCUCGAUUCCUCUGUAUGUUUGACGAAAUGAUGGAAAAUGGAAUCAUUCAGUGAUUCACAGCCUGGGUUAUUCCUCACUGGAUUCAAGUAUUCUGCUUACUAGUUUUUCUGUCUUUCCUUUUUUGAUGUUAUGAUUACUGAUAAAUGUAACAUUGUUGUUACUGUAACUGUAACUUGUCUAUUGAUCAUCAUCACCAAUUUAUUGUCAUAUUGAGUUCUUCAUUUUCAGUAUUAUAUCCAGUAUUGUAAGCUCGGAAGGAGUUACACCAUCCACUGCCGUGUAUAUCCUGGCUCUCAUUACUCUACAAUGAAAGUCAAUUCAUAACUCUUUUUUGUUACUGAGUCUCAGAUGAGUUAUAUAUAUUUUCUUAUAAAGAUGCAAAAGAAAAUGGACAGCAUGCCUUUAGCUAGAGGUAUUUAAAAGACCGCCUAACUGAAUAUAUAUUCAUUGUGAUAUAAACAUCAUACUCUUUUCAUUGUUAAAUUUGUUUCCGGUUACACAAUGAAAAAUCACUGGAAAAGGUUAGUGAAGUAAUAUAAUAUAUGAUACUAAAACGUAGUUAAAGACUGAAAAUAAUAUAUAUUAUAUUUGCUGUCUUAACCUUUAGAUUUCUGCUGGCGUGAGUAAUCGUUUGUAUCUAUCAGGCUCUGUUGCCAAAGUCUCAAGAGGAUGGAAGCAGUCAGAAUAAGGUAAUGCAUUCAAGUCAUGCAUUCAUUGAUAACCUUCAUACCUUUCUACAUCGGCCUUCUGUUCUUCGCAAACUUGGCGAUACACAUGACGUAGCUCUCGAUAAGUUACUGUUUGUUAUCACGUUCAGAUUGGAAGGUUUCAUUUCUCCGAUCACCUUGUUCACUUCGUCCAAUGUUGUGAAAUCGAAGUUUGGUGCGUCAGGGAAGUGUAGCCUUUCCUAUGAUGCCUGGGCUCUGAUUGUUAAUUUUCCACCAAUGAUCAUAAACUAAUUAUCAACAAAUUGCCAGAUUGCGUGAGGAUUAUUCGCUGCAAAGCCAUCAGUGACUAGAGAUGUAAUAAGCAAGUUAUUUCUUAAUUAAAAAAAAAAAAAAAAAAAAUCACCAUA